AUGGGUGACAAGGGACGAGACAACCAUUCAGAAGUGACUGACUUCAUUCUUGUAGGCAUCAGGGUCCGUCCAGAGCUGCACAGUCUCCUCUUUCUGCUAUUCCUGGUUAUUUAUGGGAUGGUGCUUGUGGGGAAUCUUAGCAUGAUUGGCAUCAUUGUGACUGACUCCCGGCUGAACACACCAAUGUAUUUUUUCCUAGGCAACCUGUCCAUCAUUGACCUCUCCUAUUGCACUGUUAUUGUACCCAAAGCCAUGGUCAACAUCCUACUUCAGAAAAAGACCAUAUCCUUUGCAGGCUGUGUAACCCAGCUGUUUCUCUACGCGCUUUUCAUGGUAACAGAAGCCUUUGUCCUGGCAGCCAUGGCCUAUGACCGCUUCAUUGCCAUCUGCAAUCCUCUUCUUUAUAGUGUCCGCAUGUCAAGAAGUGUCUGCAUCCGGUUAGUGGCUGGUUCUUAUCUCUGCGGCUGGGUCAGUUCUAUCCUCCAAAUCAGUGUAACAUUCUCCAUGUCCUUUUGUGCUUCCCGCGUCAUUGAUCACUUUUACUGUGAUUCAAACCCAAUUGAAAAGAUCUCCUGUUCUAAUGUUUUUAUCAAUAAGAUGGUGUCACUUAGUUUAGCUAUUGUCAUUAUUUUGCCCACAAUAAUUGUUAUUGUGGUAUCUUACAUAUACAUUGUAUCCACAGUUUUGAAAAUCCCCUCCACAGAAGGGAAAAAGAAAGCCUUUUCCACUUGCAGCUCCCACCUGGGGGUUGUAAGUUUGCUUUAUGGAACUGUCUCCUUUGUGUAUCUCACUCCUCCAAAUAACCCUGAACUUCGCAAGGUGGCUUCAGUAUGUUACAUUUUGUUCACACCUAUGUUAAAUCCUUUAAUUUAUUCCCUAAGAAAUAAGGAUGUCAAAGAUGCCAUGAGAAAAGUCUUAUGGAAGAAAAAGGUUUUACUCUAA